AUGCAGCUGCUCACCGAGAUCAAUCUGGGCUACUCCAGUGCGCUGGACGAGCUCCAGGAGCUUCAGAAGAAGAAGAAGAAGAAGUUGCAGCACUCAGUCAAGAGGAAGAAGCUGCUGGACGAGAUCCACGUGGUGCUGGAAAUUGUCUUCAGCUUCUUAGAGGAAGUGGUGACCGACGCCAAGCCCAGUAAUGGCAAGGUGCUGCCACAGCUGCUUGGUCUGGUGCCUUAUUUUCUAGGGAUGAGUGGAGAGCUGAAGGACGAGACCAGGCCCAGUGAGAGCCUGGCCAAGCUGCUGGAGCUGCCGUGGAGCUGCCAGACGGUGCCCAGUCUACUGGACGCGCUGGUGGAGGACAGUGCGCUGAUAAGAAUGUGGAGCGAAUGGUGA